AUAUUGUUUGAUAUUUAAUUGAAUUGUAUAACGUUUGAAAAGUUAAACUAUGAUUUAAAAUUUUCUUCCACGACAUCUAAAGUCCGCCAUUUUGCGCACCUAUGAUCGUAAUCUCUAUGGCGCUAUAGAAAAUGUUUCAUCAUUUUAACAUAAGCUCUUUGGCAUUUUUUUAAUUAUACAUUAAAUAAUUAUUAAGACGUUCGGGCUAUUGUUAUCUUAAAAUGUAUCGUAUUGGAAUGGAUGAAUGACACAUGGUAAAAAUGUCUUCCUUCAGAAGGUAGUGUAUCCUUUGAACAUUUCCCGCCGAUACAAAGCCGAUAGCGAAAAAAUUGUAAAGGUUUAGACCUGCUUAUACCAAAAUUUCGUUCUAAUGGAAUGGUUCCAAAAUGUUAUUUCUUAAUACUAAAAAUAAUUUUGUCGUCAAAAAAACAACUUACGCUUUAAUUAAGUAAACAGAGGAACGUCAAUUGCCAUUCAAGGCGGCCAUUGCGUCGUUCACCUUUUCGAUUAUUCUGUGAAAACUGUGAUAAAGGAAUUGAUUUUACAACUGAAGCGCAGUUUUUGUUACAUAUUUAUGUGAAAAAAGUGUAUCAGGUACAUCUAUUUUAGAAUUUACGAAUUUUAAAUAAAUGUGUAGUUUGUCUAUGGUAAAGGGUUUGGAUUGUAACACUGAUUAGUUGCGACACGGAAAAUAAAAAAAAUUACAGCAUGCGUGUUUUUUAUACAUUAUCUGUACUGAAAAAUGACAUUGGAUUGUUUUGUCUUUUAACAUGUUUGUUAAGGAGUGCGAUUUAAAAAAGAUUUAUUAAAAAGUGUGCAAAAUAUUCUGCAUUUUGCAUCUUGACAUGGACGAUGACAAUAAAAAUGUCUUUGUAUCAGGCGUCAAGAGAAACUCGUUAAUCUUGGAAAAUAAUCUUUAUGAGAUUAUCCAGAGAGACGUUGCUAAACCCAUUCUUUCAAAAAUAAGAGAUGACGUUGAAGACAACAACACCUUCAAUUUCAUUCCUUCAGGUGGCAAAUUUUAUAUACCAAAGAAGAAAAGUAAGCUUAAAGUAUUAACUAUUAGGGAUGUACGUGUUAUGUAUGAAGAAGAUAUUUUACAAACAUUACCUAAUGAAUUGGAAAAACAACAGAAGCUCCUGCUUAGAAAAAUAAAACACGGAUUUGCCAAAGAUGAAAACACUAAAAGCAUUGCUAUUAAUUUGUUAAAAUCGAAUAAUCCAAUUUCUAGACUAUCGUGGCAAAUGUUAACGAAUCUUAAUCCAGAAGACAAAAUACAUUCGUCGCAAUAUAUUUUAUGGGACGGAAAAUGUAUUCGGGUAAAUGGAAGCAAAGGUGGAAGAAAUAAAUUUAUAUGUAAUUAUGAUGUUUAUAGAGGCAUGAAUAAAGAUAUUUGUAAAAGAACAACUUCAACAAGAAGUAAACUGUUAAAUAAAAAGAGAUGUUUGUUGCGUGCCUCAUUGGAUGUACGGUUUAAGCCUGGGCCACUAAGUAAAAAGAAACGUUUAGAUUAUUCUUACCAAAAACAUAAUGUGGGCGAAGUUAAAUUAGUAAACUUACCAAAACCGAUCUUACAUAUUCAGCCAAUGUACGGUACACCAAUAGAACCGACAGUAAAAACAUUUUUGCAAACUUUGCGCGAAGAUGAUGGUACUAUAUCCGCGAAGUGGGCAGAGUUUGCAGUUUCGAUGCUAGGAAAGGUAACAAAUCAAGCUGUACAUACUGAAAAUGAAAAUUUUGUCACAUUUAACUUAAAUUACAAAUACAAUCAAAAUCAAAUUUUAAUGCGGCAGGACCGUGAUAGUUUUCAAGAUAAAUUAAAAGAUAAUUUAAUCAGUCAAGAUCUUUCGUCAUGCACAAUAUAUGAUGAGUCGACAUUGACUUCAGAAGUUAGAACUGUAGUUGACAAAAUAGUUGAUGCGGUUGAAAUAAGUUUAAAUAAAGAUCUAACUUACCCAGCUUUUGAUGAACCCAGAGAUAUUUUAACUACAAAUAAAAGUGAGAUUCCUUCUCAAGGCAAAGAAAAAGUUAAACGAAGAUAUGGAGAGUUAGAUAGACUCGACGUAACGGUGAUAAGAUUAUCUGAAAGCCAUAAAAAAAAUGUUACUGAAUCAUGUCAACAAACAUUUUGUAACUUAGGAUGCAUUUGCGAUUCCUUAGAAUGCAAUUAUAACUUAAAAGAUCAUUGUGGGAACGUAGAUUGCAUGUUCAACUGUAAAUGUGACUUUUCAAAUUAUAAAUUUACGGAUUCCUUAGACGGCGAUUGUUCUCAUCUCUACCCUGGUUUAUAUUACUUAGAUCAAAAAAUUAACGGUAAAUUAGCUAAAGAAGAACAAAAAUUUCAUCAAACUGUUAUAUUAAAAGACGAUAAAAGUAUCUUAUUAAAGUCCAAUAGAAGAAAUUGGAAAGCAACAAAAAAAUAUGCAGAUUUUUAUAACAGCAUGCCAUUACGUUCUAAAAUAAAAAAUAAAAAAAUAUUGUCUGUUGUGGUGACUAAAUUAAAUUGUCGUAACAUUGAACCUUGGUGUAUGGUUCAUAACUUAUAUAAGUGCUUUUGCAAAGGUAAAUUUACAGAGAGUUUAACACAUGACCCUAGUAAAAACGAGCAGAAACUUUUAAUUAAUGAAGUCGCUAAAGAUAAGGAAGUACUUCCUGUGCCAGAUGUUACUGAAAAAGAAUCUACUGAUUUAAAUACCACUGAAAUCUCUUAUGCAAAUACUGUACGUGAUAAUGCCUAUCUAACACCUAACCCUUGUUCAAGAGUGCUACCUUAUAAAGGUAGAAAUCACGGCAUUAAAUAUUAUAAAACAACAAAUAAAAAAAUUAUGGAAAUGGAAAAAAAUGAUAUCAGGCUUCAAGCGAAAAUGAUCAACAUUUUAAACCAAUCUUAUGUAUCAGAAAACACGGAGGACGUUAGUGAAAACACGACAGAAGUUAGUGAAAACACGACAGAAGUUAGCGAAAACACGACAGAAGUUAGUGAAAAUACGACAGAAGUUAGUGAAAACACGACAGAAGUUAGCGAAAACACGACAGAAGUUAGUGAAAAUACGACAGAAGUUAUUGAAAACACCACAGAAGAUAAUGAAAACAAGACGGAAGUUAGUGAAAACCCAACAGAAGUUAGUGAAAACACGACAAAAGUUAUUGAAAACACCACAGAAGAUAAUGAAAAUAUAAAGGAAGUUGCCGAAAACACAGAGGAAGUUCGCCAAAAACCAGUGGAAGUUACUGAAAAUUUGGUUGAAGGUAAUGAAAAAUCGUCGGAAAUUAAUACAAAAGCAGAGAAAGUUAAUGAAAUAACAGAGGAAGAUGGAGUUAAUGAUCGCGUAGAUGUCGCUAAUGUUCCCUUCAAAUUAGAUGAGUUGUUGUUCACCAUAUUACAAGAACAACAAAAAUUGAUGGAUAGCAUGAAUACGGAGAACAAAGAGGUUGACUUGAGUGAUGACGUGACCAUAAGACGGACGAAACGAUUACCAAAUAAAACUAAAUUGGUACAAUGGCUUGAGACCAGUUAUAAAAAAUAUAAGGAGAAACUAGAUAAAGGCUUUUGGAAAACAUCGUUAAGUCCUCCGAAGUCUGGAAAAGUUGCCUUGUAUCCAUGGAAUUUUAUAUUAAGUAGGUAUCGUGAAAGAAAAAACCUGUUCCUUAUUUCAAAACAGAAACCCUUUCGUAUUUUUAUGGCUGUCGAUACAAGAAAUCCUUUCUUUAGUAAAUGUAUUAAUGUCAACCUCAUUCCACGAUCUCAUCUUGAUAACUAUCCAGUAAUGAUUCGCAACUUAUUAAAAGACGUAAAAGAUCAAAAUGAGACUUUCUGUAUACUCUGUGGUUUAUCUCUUUGUUGGGAAUUAGUCGGCUCUGUUACUAAGGUAAAUGAAAAUAAAAACGACGAACUGGCUCCUAAUGUUCUUGAAAAGUUGGUGAAUCAUUCUCAAGUUUUGGUUGAAGCUACAAAAAAUGAAACAAAUUUGGACAAUACUACAACGACCUUAGCUAAUAAAGAAAUUGCUCAAAUUUCAAAAUGGUUCGUGAUGACGAUAGAAGACGAUUUUAUCGAAAUUCAAUUUUUUAAAAAAGGUUUCUUUAUAAAGUAUGAUAGUAUAGUAAGGGCUAUCGUUGUAUCAAGACAAUUUGGUAAAACUGUUAGAUUGUCGUCGCAAAAAUGUAACGAAGGAAGUAAUGAUCCACAAUUUGGUUUAUAUGCGAUACCCAAUAUGCAAGAUAACUGUGUAUUUAUAGGACCAUAUGAAAAAGAUGAACCACUAGGGAUAGAAGCUUUAAGAAAAUCUGUAAUAGUUCCAAGUAAAAACAAAACAAGAGGUAUGUGGAUAACAGUAAAUAAAGUUGAUAAUGCUGAAGUGAUCAAUAAUCCUCUAUCUUUUAUGCCAUCAUUUAAUAACGACCGUGACCAGGUAAUAACAUUUGGAAAUGACGGUAACUCGGACUCAAAUCACGAUAUAACACCGUCAACUUCUAAGGACGAUGAACAAUUUGCAAGUGAAAAUUCUGAAAAAAGUCUAAUUAAAACCCCGAAAUUGGUCAAACCGGUAAAAAUAAAUAAAGCCGAUUGUUUUAAGUUGCCUUUUAAAAUUUUGACUAAACCAUUACCUGGAUGUAUUAAAAAGGGAAGUAAAAUUAUUCUACAAAGCAAGUCACCUUCGGGUACCUCUUUGGAAGAUGCAAUGAUUAGUUUGCAAAAAGAAACUGAGAAGAAAUCGAAUAUAACAAAUAAUUCUGAUUUUAAUGAAGCUCUAGCCAAUAUCGAACCUCAAAUUAAAAUAAGUAACAUUGCAUCUCUGUGUGACAUAAAAUCGCCCGUUGGCAAAUUGACGAAUAGCAAGAGGCCUGAAAAGGGUAUGUUUGUCUUAAAACCUGAAGAAAUUAAUGAAAGAUUAGCGUUUAAUUAUUUUCGUCUCUUGCAACCCGAUAAAGUAAAUGAAAGCAGCAUCGUGUUACCUACAGAAGAACCUCGCACAGUCCGCGAAGAUUCUCUUGAUACUGUUGCAAACAGUUCUAUGGAUGAAAACUCUCUUGAAUCUGCUACAAUCUGGUCAGUCGUUGAAGACUCUUUUGGAUGUCCUGCAAGUAGUUCAUCAGUUGUAGACUCAUUUGAUACCACACCAAUUUGUUUAGCCGAUGAGAACUCUCUCGAAUCCCCUGCUAACUAUUCCGUCGGUAAAAACUCUUUCGACUCCUCAUCAAAAUGUUCUCCACCGGCGACUGACGUUUACGUUAUUUCGGACGAUGAAGAUUCUAAUAAUUUGUCACAUACUAGCUCAUGGGAAGAAAUAUGGAUUUCUUGCACAAAUAUAAAAAACUUAGGAUGGAUACCGGGUAGAAGAAGCAAGGAAAACAAACUAAGUUUUAAAUUUCCAGGUUUUGCAUGUACUGAUUUUUAUGAAGAAGAAGUAGCGUUUAAAAAAAUAAAUCAAGUAUUCACGAGAAAAGUGUACGUUCUAAAAACUAUAAAAAUGGAAUGGCGAGUUGUUAAUAACGUAGCGGAUAUAAAUGUGGAAGAUGAAUUGACUUCAGAUUACUUAAACGCAGAUUAUGUGUUAACAAAAUACGGCUUAGUACAUAAAAACAGUUUGGUAUUAAGAGGAAAGAAGAGAGUUCAGAAGGAUAACAAAUUAUUAAGCAGUAAAAAAUUAAGAGUUGAAGAUGAAACUGAAAGCGAUAAUGAUAAAAUUGAAGCUGAGUAUAUUAACCUACCAGAGGAUAAAGAUAAUUCAGAUGUCGACGUAUCAGGUGAUGAUACAAAAAGUGACGAUAAUGAUAAAGAUUUUAGUGAUGAUUUAUUCGAAGAUAAAGACAAAAUGGACGAAUACCGUAAAGUAUUUGGUUGUGCUCCUACCAUGGCGUCAAUUGCCAAGAGAAUGAAACAAUUCUCUACAAUAUUAAGUAAAAAGGAAGUUUCAAAACUUGACUCAGCUGAUUGAAAUCUAUAUCACUGCAUAAUAAGAGGAUAAGUUUAUAUAAAAUAUACAGAUUUCUUUUUAAUUUUUACACAUAUCUCUCAGAAAAUGAUAAGCAAACUUUGUGUAACAUAUAAGUGAUGUUUCUGGGGCGUGUAUAUAAAUUGGCUAAUCGUCAAGUUUGAUUUUUUUUCUGUUCUAACGAGCAGUUGACAAUUGGAUGUUAUUUGUUACGUUAGUUAAAUAUAUCAGAGGUAAUAAGGACCUUUGGAGUUGCUUAAAUUUUUCAGACUGCGGUUUGUUCCAGUGAUUUUGAUUAGUUUUAAGAAUUUGUUGAAGACUGUUGUUUUUUUUGUAAUUAAAAUAUCAUAUAUAACUUUCGUAAAUAGUAUAUCCACACGGUCGUUCUUAUUAUCCGGACAAAGUUUGGUUAUAUUUUUUUUCUUGAAGGCGUUAAAUGAUGUAGAUUUUUUAAUUUCAGUUUUACUCUUUGAUGUCUUUUAGGGUCUGUAAUUAGAAGACUAUUAAAAAUGUUACCUUUUCUAUAAUUUUGUUAUACCUAAACGUAUGGAUCUCUCCCUCUAACAUCUGGCCUCUCCCUUUAACAUACAUUGUCAUCGCCUUGCCAAAUAUAAUUAAUUAGUACUAAACAUUGUAAAUAUGUAAAUUUAAGUUUUAAAAAGUUUGAAUCGGAUUCGAUAAUUACUUUGGUUCAAACAUAGUACUAGAUUGAUACAUAAAAAUGUAUGUUAGUAUUUGUGUAUGGUGAGGUUUGUUCGUCAUACGUAUAUUGUACUGAGAAAUUUAAUUGAUUAUUGUUUAUUUCAAAUUAUCUCUAAGACUAAAAUUUUUAACAAGUCGGACUGUAUUGAAAUAAGAAACGAGGAUUUUUUUAUUUUACCUUUUGGACAUCCUCACAACAAAAUUCCACUCCACCGACACUGAUUUAAAACUUAAUAUGUACAAUAUUAUUAUAAUUACUUAUGUCUGGUUUACAUUAUACCAGUACAGUAGGACAUGAGCACUUAAAAUGGACUGUACUGGAAUAAUGUAAAUAGGGCAAUAAAGACUAUGUCACUAAUUCUUAAUUACAGUUUACAUCCAAACAAAUUUUUAUCGAAUUUCGGUUUUAGACAUAAGUUUAAAAAGUGUAAAAAUGUUAAUAUCGUCGUGUAGUCGCAACUAGUUAUUUUUGUUUCUCUCAAUGAAAGAAAACAUAAAUUUUAACCUUUUUUGUGUUUGAAUUCGUCCACGAGAAUUUGUAUGAAAUUUCUGUGAUAUUAUUUUUACUUAAGUUUAUAAUUAAUGUAAGUUUUUAUUUUU